AUGGCGGUGCCCAGUGAAGUGGCCGCGGCAGUCCUCGGUGAAGGUGAUGGCGGGAGUUUUGGAUCCUGGCUGGACGGACGGUUGGAAGCUCUGGGAGUGGACCGAGCUGUGUACGGCUCUUACAUUCUUGGUGUCCUCCAGGAGGAGGAGGAGGGAGAGAAGCUGGACGCCCUGCAGAGUAUCCUCUCUGCUUUCCUGGAAGAAGAUUCCCUCCUUGACCACUGUAAGGAAAUUGUGGAACGAUGGUCAGAAACGCAGACUGUCACCCCCAAAGCAGAAAAAGGAGAUGAUGUCCAGGCCAUCGCCACCUUGAUUGAGAAGCAGGCACAGAUCGUGGUGAAGCCCAGGAUGGUGUCUGAAGAGGAGAGGCAGAGGAAAGCAGCCCUGCUGGCCCAGUAUGCCGACGUGACAGACGAAGAAGACGAAGCGGAUGAGAAAGAUGAUCCGGGUGCCUGCUCCACAACAAACAUCGGUUCUGAUAAAUCUCUGUUCCGAAACACCAACGUGGAAGAUGUUCUAAAUGCUCAGAAAUUGGAGCGAGACUCUCUUCGGGAUGAGUCCCAAAGGAAGAAGGAACAGGCCAGACUUCAGAGGGAGAAGGACAAACUAGCCAAGCAGGAGCGCAAGGAGAAGGAACAGAAACGGACACAGAGAAGGGAACGCAAGCGAUAA